AUGAUUUCUACUGACUUACCCUGGAGGGUCGCCUUUCUCACACUGAUAAAAAUUGGCCUCUUAGGAAACAGCUCUCUUCUGUGUUUCUAUACAUUCACUUUAAUAAGUGGACUGAAUCUCAGACCUGUGGAUAAAAUUCUAAACCAACUUGUCUUAGCCAACUGCUUUGUUCUCUUGUCCAAAGGGAUCCCUCAGGAAAUGGCAGAUUGGGGUUUAAGAUACUUCCUAGAUGAUGUUGGAUGCAAGCUUCUCUUCUAUUUACACAGGAUGGCCAGAGAGGUUUCCCUCAGCACCACAUGUUUGCUUGGUGGCUUCCAGGCAUUUAAACUUUGUCCACUUGCCUCUAAGUGGAUGGAGCUCACAGUCAGAAGCCCAAAGAGCAUUAACUUCCUUUGUGCCCUCUGCUGGGUCCUGAGCUUUCUACUAAAUGUUCAUGUUGCUGUUAAGGUGAAGGGGGCAGACAGGAGCCAAAAUACAAGUAUGGGGAAAGCAUUUGCAUCCUGCAUGGCACCCUCGACGUCCAUAGUCACAUACUCACUGCUUUCAAGCAUAGUGUUUUUCAUUGACUAUGUGCUUCUGGGACUCAUGAUCUGGGCCAGUGGCUCCAUGGUCCUUUUCCUGCACAGACACAAGCAGCGAGUCCAACACAUUCACAGCCACAAAGUCUCCCCCAGACUUUCCCAUGAGGACAGAGCUACACACACCAUCCUGAUCCUGGUGACCAUGUUUGUCUUAUUUUAUUCUAUCUCUUCCAUUGUGACUCUCCAUAUGGCCCUACUCCUGACUCCAGCCAAGUGGCUGGCAGAUACCUCUGUUUUUAUGUCUUUAUGUUUCCCAACUCUCAGUCCCUUUGUGCUCCUCAGUAGUGACAUCCGUAUCUCUAAGCUUUGGCUUGCAUGGUUGGAAAAAUGCCGCAGUUUUCUCUUCUAUGUGGGGUUGUGUAUUACUCAGGGAUCCCUAGAGGACUAUCACAAAUAG